CGCUAACGAAUGUCAUUUGGCCGUCCGGGGCCCGCAGACGCUCCGCAGACACUGUUUUAGAACCCGACGCGUCCCACCGCCGGCACAGACCCUCGCCAAGGCAGCGGCUGAGUACGAGGGUCCCCCCGGGCGGGCCGGGCCUGAGCCCCGCGGAGGCGGUGCCGGCGGGGGGCGGCUCCGCCCGUGGCUGCCGCCCGUCCCUCCCGCAGCGCCCCUGCGCGGCGGCGGCGGCGCGGCCGGGCCGGGGGGGCGGGAGGUGCGCGGAGCCGCCGCCCGCAGCAGCAGCCGCGGCGGCAGGAAGGGGCUGCGAUGCUCCCGGCCGAGCGCCCCCCCGGAGCCGCCCCCGGGCGAGGGUAGCCCUCAUUCCUUGAGAGUCCACCAGGUACUGGAUGCUGUGGUGAACCAUGGCAGCUGAUGAUAAGGUUGCCAUUCUAACCGAUGAUGAAGAAGAACAGAAGAGAAAGUAUGUGCUUGCUGAUCCUUUUAAUGGCAUUUCCAAGGAUCAAGACUUGCCACCCAAUAAUGAAUCCCCUUCGACGGAGACAACCACGGUCCCAGACGAAGAGCUGGAUUGGUUAGAAAAGCACUGUGUCAAAAUAAACAACGAUCUCCUGAUCUCAAAGGUCUUUUAUUUUUUCUUCUAUUCUGCAUAUGGCUCUCUCUACCCCUUGCUACCCGUGUAUUACAAGCAGCUGGGUAUGUCACCCAGCCAGAGUGGACUUCUGGUGGGCAUCAGGUACUUUAUUGAGUUCUGCAGUGCUCCCUUCUGGGGAGUGGUGGCAGAUCGCUUCAAGAAAGGCAAGAUCGUCCUCUUGUUCUCGCUUUUGUGCUGGGUUUUAUUUAACCUGGGGAUUGGGUUUGUGAGACCAGCCACCUUAAGGUGUGUACCAAAGGGCCUUCCCCCAGCACACCCCACCAACGCAAGCAGCCUUUUGACAACAGUUUCCCAGAACACCUCGAUGUCCUCUCUGCUAACAACAGUGAGUGCUGCAUCCCCAAAUGUUCGCAGGAAGAGAGACCUGCUCACUUCCAGUCCAGUCACUUUGGAAACAACAGGGACAGCUAAUCCUGAAAUAACAUUCCUGUCACCUACACAGAGCAGCGAUGUGGAUUUUAUCUUGGAAAACAGUACCCAUUUGAUUUUCAAAAACACCACCACUAGCCCAGCCUCACCAGGGAACGCAACUCCGAGUGCCACCCCAGCUGCCAUCACCACAAAGCCAGCGCCUUCUGACCAAGCUGUGCUCGUUUAUGAUCAACAAGAAGUAGAGGCCAUCUUCCUACUCAUUCUGCUGGUUGUCAUAAUAGGAGAAUUUUUCAGUGCUUCCUCUGUUACUAUUGUGGACACCAUAACUCUGCAGUACCUUGGCAAACACAGGGACCGGUAUGGAUUGCAGCGUAUGUGGGGGUCUCUGGGCUGGGGGCUGGCCAUGCUCUCCGUGGGAAUUGGCAUUGACUAUACCCAUACAGAAGUUAGCAUUGAAGGUCAAGGAUGUAAAGCUCCUGAGUACAAGAACUACAGGAUUGUCUUCAUUGUUUUUGGUGUCCUGAUGACGAUGGCGUUAAUUGUGGCCACCCAGUUCCGGUUUCAUUACGCGCACUUCAAGCAAGAUGAAAAUAAGAGAAAAGAGGUAGAAAUCUCACAGGUAGACAGAAAUGCCUCCAACGAAUCCUCGGAUAACACUCCUACCAGUAUGAGCCAGUCGCAGUCUUUCAGUUUUUGGGACCUAAUAAAACUGCUGUGUAGUAUCCAGUACGGCUCCGUGCUCUUCGUGGCAUGGUUCAUGGGGUUUGGAUAUGGCUUUGUGUUCACCUUUCUCUACUGGCACUUGGAAGACCUGAAUGGCACCACCACUCUCUUUGGAGUUUGUUCUGUGCUCAGUCACGUGUCUGAGCUCACUGCCUACUUCUUCAGCCACAAACUCAUUGAACUGGUUGGUCACAUCAGAGUGCUUUACAUUGGUCUUGCCUGUAAUACAGCACGAUAUAUCUACAUCUCCUAUCUGGAAAAUGCCUGGACUGUUCUUCCGAUGGAAGUACUUCAAGGUGUCACACACGCGGCUAUAUGGGCAGCUUGUAUUUCGUACCUCAGCGCGGCUGUGCCUCCGGAGCUGAGGACGUCGGCCCAGGGAAUCCUGCAGGGUCUCCACUUGGGUCUGGGUAGAGGAUGUGGAGCCAUGGUUGGAGGAGUUUUGGUCAAUUACUUUGGUCCUGCUGCCACAUUCAGAGGAAUAGGGAUGGCUUGUUUAGUGAUUCUGCUUCUGUUUGCCCUGAUCCAGUGGCUGUUGGUUCCUGAUGAAGAAGAAGAAAAGACAAUGCUGGCAGAAAGGAUCCCAGUGCCUUCCAGUCCUGUUCCCAUAGCAACUAUUGACCUUGUACAACAGCAGUCGGAAGAUAUCAUGCCUCGGACUGAGUCCAGACUUCCUCUAAAGAAAACUAAACACCAAGAAGAGCAGGAGGAUGUGAACAAGCCUGCCUGGGGCAUCAGCUCUUCUCCAUGGGUCACCUUAGCUUAUGCUGUCUACCAGAUAAAAGAGAUGGUUAAACUAUCCAAAACCAAUCCAGCUCCUGAGAAUCAGCCUUUGCAGAAAAUCAAUGAGAAUUGCAGUGCUUCAUCAGCCAGCUCAGCAAGACAACCCCAAAAUCCGACAGAUUCUGGGCAGUCUGGAAAUUGUUCAGCACCAACACCUACAGCAACAUCAGAUUCCCAAGUAGAUGGCAGCCGUGUUGUGUCGGAUCAUGAUGCUCAGCCUGCUGCUGCAGGGCCCUGAGAUGCACUCAUCUUAUCAAAUCCAGUGCAUGGAAUUCUGCUUCUCACCUGGGAAACGCUGGAGUAGGAGCUCAAAAGUAGGACUUCCUUCAUCUUAACAAUCAUAAUGUGAUGCAGUGCAAGCUUUUAACUAUAUAAAGAAUAUUCAUAUGACUACACAGAGCAACAUGAGCAGGGAAGCCAAAAGUUCAGAAUUCUUGAGGGAAGUGAUGUUGGCCAGAUAGAAUGGUAGGAAGAAUUCUUGGCUGCUUUGCUAAAGCUGAGUCAAGUGCUAUGAGAUUUCUUUGCAAUCUGUAGAAAAAAAAGGAGUUCACUCCUCACUUUCUGAGGCACAGAGUGUCUGACUUGAUUGGGUAAUUUUCUUCUUUGAACUUAUUCCCAAAUAAAAAUGAAGAGACUUUUUAAGAGAGAAACUGAGUUUCCCUGAAUAGUCUAUUAGAAAAUACCAGAUCCAAUAAUUAUAGAAGUGUCACAAAACUGUUUUUGUAAAGAUUUCUCAGAAACAGAGUAGGUUUAGGAAGCGUAUCUUAAUGUUAUGGUGACGGAUUAAGUAAACCGCACACAUAUUCAAAGAAUAUGUUUUUGAAGCCGAAUUUCUCUUGUUUGAGAUAAAGGUUUAGUUCUGCAAAGCAAAGGUUUUGAACUGGCAUUUUAGUGAAACACAAAAGCUGGAGGAAGGCUUCUGAAGUUACUCUCAGCACUUGCAGCCGUGCAGUUGGGCAUAGGUUGUGUGUGUUUGGGCAAUUUUAGGUUUGAUGUUGUAUUGAGACAAGAAUCUUUGAUCAAGAUUGCACAGCCUGAGAUUGAUCAGGGGUUUUGAUGGACAUGCAGUCUUCUUGGGUUUUUAUUUCAUCAUCUAUACAAGGGUUUAUUUAAUGCAGUGUAGUUACUAUUGUUAUUUAUUAAGAAAACAGUAAGCUUUAAGUGCCUAGGGAAGGUGGGGGGCGGUAGGGAGGAAUCACCUUAAAAUCUUAAUGUUUAGAAUUAUAGGGGCAAAGUAGUUGAUGCAGAAAUCAAGUAGAGUGAGUCUCAGGAGGAAGCAAAUGUAACUCAAUUGCAGUAUGUUUAGGAAGUUACUUUGCCCAAUGUCACAACACUGGAGGACUUUGGAUUAUGUUUUGUUAUGCUUCUCAAUACUAACUGCAGCCAGCUUGCGUGCUGGUGCAUGGUGAACAUUGCUGCUGGAGGGAGAUCCUCGGGCUCAGGGAGGAGUCAGGAGGGGUUUAGUCAGGAUAGUGUUUUGGCCCAUUUUCUUAGAUUAACAGCUUGUUCCUGGGGGAUUCUGAGCACUCAGCUCCCAAAGGACCGAGGGAGCCCUGCUCAGCUGCCCUCCUUGAAGUCACAUGUGCGUGAGGUGUCAGGCCUUCCGUGAGGAAGGUGUGUGCUGUGGGAGUGUGCAGGGAGCCAGAGGCAAGGCCAGCAGACCAGGGGUAGGGAGAGGAAGAUGGCAGCAGCUGAACAGGAAAGGGGGUGCACAGGUUCACCCACUCUGACAUCUGGUGAGCUUGACUGAAGGGGUGUCCCGUAGCUGUGCUUUAGCUGUGCUUUUAGAACAACCCACGUUCUGGCAGUGCCUGGGACCAACACCACAGACAAUAAAAAGAAACAUCAAUGACUAGCCACUAGUUACUUUUUUUGCACUUGAACCUAAAUGUACUGUACUCACGUAAAUCCUCAUGACUUGUCUAAGUGUCCUUUAAAAUAAGAAAUGUAUUUAUUUUAUGUUUGUAUAAGUUGGGGGAGAACUAAAGACUGAACAGGUGACAGGAGAGAAGGAUGCUAAAAAUCAUCUUGAGGCUAACCAACCAUUUGUUGAGUUCAUGCUGUACGGUGUUACCUCAGCUGCUACUGCAUAGCACCUGGAUUGUGAAGUGAAGAGCUUGUACACUGUGUUUACACUUCAGAAUUGUGUAUUUGAAAUGCCUGCUCUUUUUGGAAUUGUAUAGUCAUUCUAUGUUGCAAAAUGGACAUGUACAUCUGGAUUUUGAUAUUUGUGGAACUCUAAAAACUGUGGUAAGAAAUAUAAAAUAUCCAUAACAUAUUUAACAGUA